AUGGCGUCCCUGCCAUCAUCUGCAUCGCACGAUCACCACCCUACCCGGCCUCGACCUCGCAACGUCCAGCUUACACGAAGUUCGAGCCAUGAUCAACCCAAGACCGCCGACCUCAAUCGACCGCUGCCCCCUCCUCCAGUCACCGCAACUGCCGAGACAUUCGAGAUACCUACUCUGCGUCGAAAACCCCUCCCCGAUUCCCCAGACUCGGGCGCCUCAAAGCUCAACCACACUCGCUCCUUCAGCCAUCCCUUCCCGUCCAUCUUCGGCUCCAAAAAGUCCGAGAAAAAGAACAAGAAUGGUAUCGAUUUUGAUGGGACGCGGGAUACUCGACACGAGGAAGGAAACAUGAGGCACCAUGCCACUGAAGCCUCUUUGCCACGCGGUGACCGCCAGCCGGUAACAGGAAAGUGUAUGACGUGCGAUUCAACCGUCCGGUGGCCGCAAGGCCUGAAGGUGUUCCGAUGUACGACCUGCCUGACCAUUAAUGAUCUCGAGUACAACCCGGAGACCAGAGAUGAUGCACAGUCAUCGGCCGCUGGCCCGUCGUCUCAGCGCAAGAUCGUACCUCUGUCGGUCGAGAGGACGAGAGUCCUGCUUGAUCGCUGUGUCAGGCAGUAUCUCGAGUCUCGCAUUGAGCUGGACGAGCCUUCUACGCCUGCUCAUCCAAUACCAAUUGAGAACCACUCACCGGCCGAGGACUCGUUUCUAUUAGACGGAACCCCGCCAGAAGGCGUCUUGUAUGGACAGCUCAACGACGACCAGGACUCCCCACCCCCAUCGCCACGUCCCGGCGCGAAACCACGAAGUCCGUCUGAGGAAUCAAACCUGUCUCCUCGUUACCCUGUUCGACAUGGUGGGCCACCCUUCGUUCAAGGCCACCCGGCUGAUCCUUUCAACUCGUUCGCUUCGAUGCAUAGCAGGUCUCAAGACAAAGGACGACAAUUAUCAGAGCCUGGACAGCAGUCAACCACGUUGUCCGGCCUCAGAUCUGACCUUUUCCGUCUGGUUGAAAAUUAUAUUGCUGGUUGCUUUGUCGGAUGUGCCACGUUGAAUCAGUCUUUUCUCACCCCUAGACCCCCCCAAGAACCGAAACCCAGGUCGGGAUCAGGGACGCAACAAAGGCGACAGUUGUCCGAACCAAAUUCCGCUCCAGUAUUCGAGCCUGACGUCUUCUUAUCUGAGCUUGAUGCUAAAACCCUUCUACUAGGCGACGUCGCAGAGAACGGGUCAUGGUGGUUAGGCGCUCCAAGUGGGCGUGCACCUAUGUCGGGCAAAGAACCUCAUCAUCACCGAGACAGGUCGCCAGAGAAGACUCGCAGUUCAGCAAGUGCGAGAAAUCCUAGGAUCAAUUGGCUCGAGCUUGCUGAAUGGUAUCGGCUAGUGAUCUAUGCCGGCGAUCUUUGGGAACAGCGGUGGCACGAACUCAGAUCCAAGUUGUCAGCCUCUAAAGCACAGCAACGUUGGCAUUCAAUCCCUUUAGAGAGCAUUCAGCGAGAUAUCAUCGAGUCUCGAAUACACCUGCAGCGGAGCUUAUUGAAGAUUACGGAGAACCUCUUAAAACGGCCCAGGCAACCAUUGAAGCAUCCCGAGGAUUGCCGAUUCCUGCUGAUGCUUUUGGCUAACCCAUUGUUGACCCCUGCGAGGCUUGAGACAGGCAAGAUGUUUGGCGUAACAAUACCUCAUCCACCCAUACCUGGGAGGAAACAGAUUGACGAUCGAACCUAUGACUCCCCCUCAAAACGUGUUCCAAGCAGCGGUAAACGACCAGGAAGUCUCGGGCACCACUCGGGCAUAAUCAAGCGCAUACUUGGCCUGGUGGCCAAUCUUUCAAAUGAAAACCAUCAGUAUCUAGUUUCAUGGUUUUCUAGAUACUCAGAUGGCCAUUUCCAAAGGACGGUGGAGAUGGUGGGCAGUUUUGUGACUUACAGAUUAUCACGACAACAGAAAAAUCCGGCUCACGAACUCAUCAAUCCCACAGAGGGGCUCGUUCCUAGCUUCUCCGACUCCGGAAUGCACCAUGCCUCUCAAAUUCACGCUGCACUCGGAGGCAGAGCUUCUUCCAAUUCCGCAGGCAACUCCGACGGAAAGCCCAAGUUGUCAUCGUACGGUGAAGAUUGGCAGAUCCGUGUUGCCGCACGAGUCAUGGCGUUGUUGUUUCAUGCAAACGUGGGCCAUACCGCUCGGAAGAGGGACGCGUUUGCAGCCCACGAGCAAAGGUUGCAGAGUCCAGGUCUCAACGCUAAGUACCAUGCGUACUCUCACGGCCAGAUAAUACCAAUCAGCAACUUCUACAAUACGAUGCUGGAUUAUGCAGACCUCGUGGCAGACUUCGAAACUUGGGAGACGACAAAGACAAAGUUUACUUUCUGCCAGUACCCCUUUUUUCUGAGCAUAUAUGCCAAAAUUCACAUCCUCGAGCAUGAUGCUCGAAGACAGAUGGAAAUCAAAGCAAGAGAGGCCUUUUUUGACAGUAUCCUCAGUCGCAAAGCUGUCAGUCAAUACCUCAUACUCAGAGUUCGGCGAGAAUGCUUGGUCGAGGAUAGUCUCCGUAGCGUUUCUGAGGUGGUCGGAUCUGGAGGUAGUGAUAUCAAAAAGGGCCUGCGUAUCGACUUUCAAGGAGAAGAAGGGGUUGAUGCAGGCGGUCUCCGCAAGGAAUGGUUCUUGCUGCUGGUGAGAGAAAUAUUCGAUCCUCAUCAUGGAUUGUUCGUCUAUGACGACGAUUCGCGUUAUUGCUAUUUCAACCCCUUUUGCUUCGAAUCAUCCGAGCAGUUCUUCUUGGUUGGGGUGUUGGUCGGACUCGCCAUCUACAACUCGACCAUUUUGGACGUGGCAUUCCCCCCGUUCGUCUUCAAGAAAAUGUUGGCUUCGGCGCCCUCAACCGGCGACAAGUUGUCGUCGAUUCCCAAGGUCGGUCAUGGGUUCACCUUGGAGGAUCUCGCCGAAUUCCGGCCUGCAUUGGCGCGGGGUUUCAGGCAGCUGCUUGAAUUCGAAGGUGAUGUCGAAGAGACGUUCUGCCGCGACUUCGUGGCCGAAAUGGACCGCUAUGGUGAUGUUAUCCAGGUCCCGCUGUGUCCUGGCGGCGAGAGACGAGCAGUGACCAACUCGAAUCGGAGAGAAUUUGUCGACCUCUACAUUCAUUAUCUACUCGACACAGCUGUGGCAAGACAGUACGAGCCCUUCAAACGUGGUUUCUUCACUGUCUGUGGGGGGAAUGCACUGUCCCUGUUUCGACCCGAAGAGAUUGAACUUCUCGUACGAGGCUCUGACGAGCCACUGGACAUUGCUAGUUUGCGGGCGGUGGCGACCUAUGAAGGCUGGCCCAAGCAGGAAGGACCGCCCGAACAGCAGCCCCAAGUUGUCUGGUUUUGGGACUUCUUCGCGCGAGUUUCGCCCGUGGAUCAACGGAAAAUCCUCAGCUUUAUUACCGCAAGCGAUCGUAUCCCGGCCAUGGGAGCCACAAACCUAGUGAUUCGCAUCCAGCUAAUUCGCGCCAAGGAGGAGAUAGAUGAAUUUGGAAGACCAACGAAUAAACCGGUGGAGAGAUUUCCUAUUGCAAGAACGUGCUUUAACACCCUGAGUCUGUAUCGGUAUGUGUCGAGGGAGAAGUUGGAGGAGAAGCUCUGGACGGCGGUUCAGGGGAGUGAAGGAUUCGGGUUGAAAUAA